AUGAUUCUCUCCGUUUCACUUAAAGGUCUUCAGUUGCUGACACUGGCUGCGCUAAUUCUUGUUGCUUUCGGAGCUACCUCGCCAUCACAUCAAGCCAUUUCACUCCAAAUUCGAGAUAACACUUCUCCUCCUUUAAAGAAACAACAGCUGCCACUUGUCAAGUCAGUGCGUGAUAUUCUCUCGUGCAGCGACAAUGAAACUCUCACCCUCUCUUCCGAUGCCUAUCAAUUUCCCAAUCAUCAUUCCAACAAUAUUUUGGAGGCUUAUUAUCAUGAAUGGUGGUUUUUCGCUUUUUUUGAUCCCAUCCAAGAUAUUGGUUUCUGCGUGGGUUAUGGAGUACAAAAUCAACUGCAUGCCUGGGAUCACAAUGCUUUAGCAACCAUUGCUGGUAUGGUGUGGCCCUCAGUUUUGAAAAAACAACCAAAUAACAACACCAAUGUGUUGGAUAUGGCAGAAGAAAUGUCGAUCGCUCAAUUUUCAGGUUCCACACAAAAUGCUUCAGUGUCCAUAGCUCUCACCAACACCAUUCAAGUCAUUGAUGAAAGAACUUAUAUUGUUUCGGGAGGUGCUGAUACUCAUACUCCUUCCUCGACAAGAAACAUGAUAGGCAAAGCCAAAUGGUGGCUCACAUUAGAACAAACAGUGCCUGCAUGCAGAGAGAUGAUUGAGGUUCCAGAGUUGUUGCAAUUGGAUUGGAUUAGUUACAUGCCAGCCUCUACUGUGAAAGGAAUCAUUCAACUGGAUGGAAAGAAUUAUUCCAUUCACACGGUGGGAUAUCAUGAUCAUAACUAUGGAAGUUGGCCAACAAGUUAUUUCAACUGGAUAUGGGCACAAUUCAAUCAUGCUGAAUCUGAUUUUGCGUUGGUGUUGGGAGCUUAUACAAUUCCACUGACCAACUCGCAUGCUGGAUACAUCUUUUUGAGAUACAGGGGAAGAAAGGUCACGAUUGGAACACUGUGUGGUGAUGUCUUUGAGUUAACACCACUCGAAUUUGUGACAUCACCACAAGGAAAACGUGUGAGUGUUCACAAUAAGGUUGUUUCUUAUAACAAGGAGUGGAAAGUGGUCAUAGAUUAUAAAGCUCAAGUAAGCGAUAGAAAUCCGGGAUAG